AUGUUUGAAACCGAAAUUCAACUAAUUCGUGAAAACAAAACACCAAAGGCCUUACGGGCGUUAAACGUAUUCAUCGAUGCUAAUGGGGUCUUACGAGUUUGGGGACGUUUGGAGAACUCUCUGCUUCCCUAUGAAUCUCAACAUCCAAUAUUGCUCCAAAACAACCAUCACUUUACGAGUCUGGUUGUCCAAGAUGCUCAUAAGAACACAUUUCAUGGCGGUAUCCAACAAAUGAUAAGCUAUAUUCGAAAACGAUACUGGAUUUUACAAAUACGAAGAAGCGUUAAAUACCAAUUGCAUAGAUGCCCUUCAUGCUAUCGCCAAAAGGCAUCCGAAAUGCAGCAGUAA